AUGUAUAAAGUAGCAAGUGCAUCCGAAUACCUAGUGAUCACCGGGGUUGGCAUCCCCGACAUAAAAAUCGCGAAAAAGGCAUGGGUUCUUCCUGGCCAAUGCUGUGCAAUCUUCGACGUGUCGCCUGUAAAUUACACCUUCAACGUCCAAGCCAUGAGUGCUGAGAAACUUGCUUUCGUUCUGCCGGCAGUCUUCACUGUUGGCCCUCGUAUUGCCGACAAUGAUCCCAAUUCCCUUAAAUAUGCCAAACUCGUCUCUCCCCAUGACAAGCUCUCUAGCCUUGUCAAAGACCUCGUCCAAGGCAUCAUCGAAGGUGAAACACGUGUGCUAGCUGCCUCAAUGACCAUGGAGGAGAUCUUCAGAGGAACCAAAGAGUUCAAACAAGAAGUUUUUGAGAAAGUUCAACUUGAACUUAACCAAUUUGGGCUUUUAAUCUACAAUGCCAAUGUUAAACAACUUGUUGAUGUUCCUGGACACGAGUACUUUUCAUACUUGGGUCAAAAAACACAAAUGGAGGCUGCUAACCAAGAAAAAAUCGAUGUUGCCGAGGCAAAAAUGAAAGGAGAUAUAGGGGCUAAGCUUCGAGAAGGACAAACGCUUCAAAACGUGGCGAAAAUUGAUUUGGAUACGAAGAUUAUAUCGACACAAAGGCAAGGAAAGGGAAAGAAACAGGAAAUUAGGGUUAAGACCGAAGUGAAAGUUUUUGAGAAUCUAAGGGAGGCUGAGGUGGCAGAGGCUAAUGCUGAGCUGGCAAAGAGAAAGGCCGGGUGGGCCAGAGAAGCGCAAGUGGCAGAGGUGGAGGCGAUGAAGGCAGUGGCACUUUGGGAUGCAGAGUUGCAGUGGGAGGUGGAGAUUAUGAAUGGGUUGACUCGGACGGAGAAGAUUAAGGCUGAGUUCUUGAGUAAAGCUACUGUUGAGCAUGAAAUCAAGAUUUAUCAGAUUUCUGCUUUGAGAUUUAGAAUCCUUCAGAUGGACAGGGAUUACAGCAGUUGGAUUGUGAAGUACCGGGGAGCAAAUGAAAAAGACUUUACUCCGGUUUUAGUUGUUCCUGGCAAAGUUAUUUCUUAUGAUCUCAACUCCAAGACAUUGAAGGAGCUUCGAGAUUGUUCGCCAAAGGAUCUUGAAAAUUGGGAAAUUUAUCAGAUUUCUGCUUUGAGAUUUAGAAUCCUUCAGAUGGACAGGGAUUACAGCAGUUGGAUUGUGAAGUACCGGGGAGCAAAUGAAAAAGAUUUUACUCUGGUUUUAGUUGUUCCUGGCAAAGUUAUUUCUUAUGAUCUCAACUCCAAGACAUUGAAGGAGCUUCGAGAUUGUUUGCCAGAGGAUCUUGAAAAUUGGGAAGCAUCUUGGUACAAACCAUACGCACCUUUGAAAGUUUCUUUAGUUUCUGCUAGCAAUGGAAGUUUAUUCAGUGAUUCAGAUCAUUUGGCUUUUUUUAAUGAUAAAUUGUUUGUGCUUUUACGACAAAUUAUUUCUUCUAUUGUUUUUGGUAUUCAUUAG